AGGAGGCAGCUGGAGAGGAAGAGAAGGCAUAGGGGGAAGGAAGGCUGGAGCCUCCGCAGGGCAUGGAGGGCACGAUGGAGGUGCUCCUGGCGGUUCUGGUGGGGUUUCUGGGGCUCUGCAUCUUGUUCCACCUGAUCUUCGUCCGAGGAAAGACUUGCAGGAACAAGACCAGCCUCCGGGGGAAGACUGUCCUCCUGACUGGAGGAAACACCGGGAUCGGGAAGGCCACUGCACUGGAUCUGGCUCGGAGGGGAGCCCGCGUGGUCCUGGCCUGCCGUAGCAGAGAUCGCGGAGAAGCCGCCGUCCAGGACAUCCGGAAGGAAAGCGGGAACAAGGAGGUUGUCUUCAUGAGCCUGGACUUGGCCAGCCUGAGUUCGGUCCGCGCUUUUGCCGAGGCUUUCUUGCGAUUGGAGCCUCGCCUCGACAUCCUCAUCAACAACGCAGCUCUCAUCAAAGACGGAGCAAGCGAGGACGGCUUCAACGUGGUUUUCCAGGUGAACCACUUGGCUCACUUUCUCCUGACCCAUCUCCUCUUGGAUCGGCUGAAGCAAUGCGCUCCCAGUCGCGUGGUGGUGCUUUCUUCUGAUGCCCAUCGCUCCGGGAGGAUUGACUUCCAAAGCAUCCACUUGCCAGUCGAAGGGUACUUGGACGCGUUCAAAUCCUACUGCAACAGCAAACUGGUCAACAUCUUUCACGUCCGAGAGUUGGCCAACAGACUGGAAGGGACCGACGUCACCAGUUACGCCGUUCAUCCAGGGGCUGUUCAUACAGAGGCCCUUCGCCACUCUCCUUCGUACCUGAAACCCUUCAUUCGGGGAUUCACCUGGCUGUUAUUCAAAAACCCAGAAAAUGGGGCCCAGACCUCCAUCUACUGUGCCACUCAGGAAGGCAUUGAGAAGCUCAGCGGGUGCUAUUUCGAGGACUGCCGGCAAAAGGACCCCAAACUCAACGCACGGGAUCCGAUGCUGGCCAAGAAGCUGUGGGAGUUCAGUGAGAAGUUAUUGGGACUCGCUUCUUAGCUCCAUCUUCAGCCAAACGUCAAGAAAGGACUCUUGGAAGUGGAGCUUUGCAUCAAUGCUUGUCCUUGUUGUCUGGACUAUAUGGCUUUCUCUCUACGCUCUCUUGGCCAAAGUGACUGCAAAGGGAUCACCUCCUAUCUCCUCCUCUUCUCUACUAAAGGUUUUAGGGGCUCCCCUACUUGCGUCAUCCAAGUGUUUUGGACUUCAGCUCCCAGAAACCUCAGCCAGAUUGUUCAACAGUCAGGAAUUAUGGCAGCUGAAGUCCAAAAGGUCUGGAGGACCAAAGUUUGGGAAUCUCUGCUGACUCUUCGUUCUCCUCCUAAGAUAUGGGUGCAACCAUGAAGCUCUGCCUCAAAGGAUGAUUUUCUUCUUACUUUCAGGUGGAAGAAUCAGCUUUAUGGACAUGCUAAACGGAUUAUUUCCUAAAUGCUAAAUGGACUCUUACUUAAUAAAAUUCAAAGAUAUAGCCGUGUUAGUCUGUAGAAUCACUUUGCAGAGAGAUCUUGCAGCACCUUUGAGACUCACUGAAAGGAAGAAGUUGGCAGCAUGAGCUUUCCUAGGCUUCAAUCUACUUCCUCAGAUGCAUUAACAACAAAGUCAGCCCCAUUUCUUUGACCUUACUCAUGUGUCGUAUUUAUUACCAUAAGAUCAUAC